AUGGAACUAGCAUUAGAAGGGUCCAUUAAGAAGAAAACGCGAUUAGGAAUUAAGUUCACUGACAAGGUCCCGCUGAGUAUUUUUCUCAAACCUUCAACAAGUUUUGCUGAGUUUAAGAACACUAUACUCCAGAGACUAGGACUGCAUGGCGUGAAACGGGUGGAGAAGUUGUUCUAUCGAAUUUCGAUUUCCGUGUUAUGCGAUGAUGUGAAGUAUGAUUCAUUCAUUAUUAGCAGUGACGAAGAUAUGCAUGUGCUGUAUCAUUGUCGCCGUCAGUUUCCUGAGGUGAGGACUCCGGAGUUGUUGGCGAAACUUGUGGAUGUGGCAUCUAGUUCUGGAGGCUCGAACAGGAAUAACAACUCCACAGGAUAUGUAGCUAGCUCUAGUGCAUUGCCUGUUGGAUCAUCGUCAGCAGUGCCGGUGAUUGCACCCGAGCCAGACUUAGUGGCUUCACCAUCGUUUGCCGUCAAUCUGAAUCGAAGUUGUGAUGCAUUAGUUGGCGAGGCUGGACCGUUGGGAGACGGUGAUUUUGCGGCGCCCAGUUCUCCUCCGUGUGUUCCGCCUGCAACGAUUGCUGCGGAUGAUAGCGAGGAGGAGACACCACGGACGACUCCACCUGUCGGUGGGGGAGCAUCUAGUUCAAGUACUAAUCAGUAUCCCCCUUACUUCUCUGCUCUGGACUUGGAUGCCAUGGCACCUCAGGAAGAUCCCUCUGUACAUGUUGGCUUCGGGGCAAGAGACUCGCAAAAUGCAGGAGGUGUAUCUGAGUUUCAGGUAUUGGAGUCGGAUAACCGCAAGUACUAUGGCAAGUGCAAGGAGUUCGGGAGCGGGUGCGUAUGGCUAAUCUGGGUCAGCCUCCGCCAGCGCAAGGGGAUUUGGGAGGUAAAACGGUACAAUGGUCCUCACACUUGUCUAGCCACAUCGAUCUCUAGUGACCACGGGAAGCUUGAUUAUCAUGUCAUAUCGGCUUUCAUUAUGCCCCUGAUCAGAGCUUAUGCUGCCACGUCGAUUAAGGUACUGCAGAAUGCUACGGAGGCACACUUUGGGUUCAGACUAACGUAUAGGAGGAUUUGGAUGGCCAAACAGAAGGCUGUGGCACAAAUUUACGGAGACAGGGAUGAUUCGUAUAAUGAGUUGCCACGAUGGGUAUUGGGCCUGCAGAUCACUAUGCCGGGCAGUGUUGCUGUGUUGAGGACGAGUCCUGUUCGACUAGGUGGGCAGUUGGAUGAUUCUACAACUUAUUUUCAUCGCUUGUUUUGGACAUUCCCACCAUGUGUUGAGGCAUUUCAACAUUGCAAGCUAUUGGACGGCAACUCGAACAUCAUCCCUAUUGCCUUUGCACUUGUGGAAGGUGAAAAUGCAGAGUCGUGGUCAUUCUUUCUAUCCCACCUUCGGGCUCAUGUGACGCCUCAAUCGGGCAUACUUCUCAUAUCAUAUAGGCACAAUGGGAUAAAGGCUACGUUGGAGGCUCCUAAGGCUGAUGGGGGAUGGCUUCCCCCUACUGCAUAUAGGGCGUUCUGCAUCCGUCACGUGGCGGCUAAUUUUGCCCUGACUUUCAAUGGAAAACAUCAUAUCUGUCUGGCCGGAAUCUAG